UGCACCUAUGUUCUCUUUAUGAUGUCAUCUGCCAUGACAACACUGUGACAUCACAGGCACCUGCGUGUUGAGAAGCGACACUGAAAAUAUCUGAUGAAUAAGCUGGUGGCUAAGAGAAAAGAUUAGCAUCAGAGGAAGCAAGGACACGGGGCAGAGGAGCAUCUCGGCUGGCAGCGUGGCCUCACAGAAGCAGGCAGGAUGGAUGCGGGCACCCAGACCCAGCCAGCCUCAGUCCAGCAUGAAGAUACCAAAAGUUCUAACGCAACGCAACAGAUAUGGAAGAAUUUUUCCUUGAAGUUCCUCAAGCCACGCCGGCCAGGGACAAAACCCCGAUCAAAGCCAUCAGAACUACAGGCAAAUAAGCCCAAGGCUCAGAACCCAACACCUGCAGAACCACAGGGAAGGCAGCGGCUCCAGGUGUCCACAGGAGGAACAGAGAUGAUUGGUAACACAAUGAUUUCCAUCUCCCGCCACCAGGAACAGGCCGAGCCUUGGGCCAGCAGAGCAGACCCUGCUGCACCAGCGUUCCCAUCCCAAGCGCGGGGCCUCAUAGGCCCACAAAAGCCUCUGGCAGCGAGCCCACAGCUAGACCAGCCUGACACUGGUGAACAACAGCCGCUGCUCUUUGUCUUCAAGCAGAAAAUGCCCCCCCUUGCUAUGGCUGCUCGGGGUCCCGCAGAGCUGAAUCGCUCGGCAUCUUUAGAAAUGGAAAUAGUGCCUCAGUGCACCCAGCCAGCACCCAUCUCCAUGCAGCUGACCCCACAAGGGAAUUUUGUCCAGCAGCGUUCACAGCCUCCAGCUCUGCACAAGGGCAAGUCGGCUCCAGUCACCUGCCAGCCCCCCAAGGUCAGGCAAGCGCCAGUGGGAACCAGUGUUUCUCCUCCCUGCCUGGAGAUCAUCUCGCUGAAGGAAGGCUUUGCCAUCAAGACCUUUCCCAGGUGCAGCCAAAGCUGUUUGCCUGCAGAUCCCAACAAGGCCCGCACUGAGCCCCUGCCAAGGGCUGCCAAGGCACGGGGCGUUCCUGUGAGAAGCCGAGCACCGAGGUCUGUGCCCCUGCCUGGCGCCAAGUGGGUACACAAAAUCCUGUAGUGAGCAAUCUUCCCCAAGCACUUGGUUCCUGUGAGGAUGGUGCAUCUUGAAGCACACAGCAGCUCUGCCCCAGUGAGUUCACAUUUUAAGGAUGCUUUCCACCUAUACACACCCUCAAACCAUGUGCAAGAAAUUAAUAAACACAAUGUUCAUUCAGUGUAAA